AUGAUCUUUAGCGAGCCUGUCACCCUCGCUAUUGAUGCCAUCGCUGUCGGAUUAAUAUCCGCGCAAGAGUACAUCCCUCUUGUCACCAAGAAGGACUUUAUUAUGAUGCAGGACGUUCCCAAGACCGCGAAGAACUUUGUUGAGCUCGCCAAACAACGGUCCUACGACUAUACAAUCUUCCUCCGAGUGGCCAAGCCCGUUGUCGUUUCUAGCAUCAUAACCAACUCGACUCUGACCACUUUGGACUUGCGGCGCAACCACAUCGGAGACACCGAAGCUCUGGUGCUGGCUGAGGCGCUCAAGACCAACUCGACUCUGACUGCUUUAGCCUUGAGAGCGAACGACAUUGGACCCAACGGAGCUCAGGCGCUGGCUGAGACACUCAAGACCAACUCGACUCUGACCACUUUGGACUUGGGCUACAACCAUAUCGGAGAAAACGGAGCUCAGGCACUGGCUGAGGCACUCAAGACCAACUCGACUCUGACCACUUUGGACUUGAGCUUCAACCACCUCGGAGACUACGGAGACUACGGAGCUCAGGCGCUGGUGGAGGCGCUCAAGACCAACUCGACUCUGACCACUUUGGACUUGAGCUACAACCAGAUUGGGAAAAACGGAGUUCAGGCGCUGGCGGAGGUACUCAAACUCAACUCGACUCUGACCACUUUGGCCUUGGUAGUGGAUACUCUGACACUUGGGCACCAACCACAUAAACCCAACGGAGCUCAGGCGCUGGCGAAGACACUCAAGACCAACUCAACUCUAACGACAUUGAGUUGUGGCAGCAACCAGAUCGGAGACUACGGAGCUCAGGCGCUAGCUGAGACACUUAAGACCAACUCGGCUCUGACCACUUUGGACUUGUGGUACAACUCGAUCGGAGAGAACGGAGCUCAGGCGCUGGCUGAGGCACUCAAGACCAACUUGACUCUGACCGCUUUGGACUUGAACAGCAACCAGAUCGAACCCAACGGAGCUCAGGCGCUGGCGGAGGCACUCAAGACCAACUCGACUCUGACCACUUUGGAUUUGAGCGACAACCAGAUCUGA